AUGCUAUUGACAUAGAUGGGAUCAUGAAGACUUUUCAUCCGCAAAAUAUGUAAGGGAUAGCCGUCCUCGUGCCGCAGAAUUACCUGUGUUUGUACGAUGACGUUCUUUGAGAUUUAUGGAGGCAAAUUUAGCGCGCUUGGGGUCUUGGUAGUGUCGGGGAUGUUGUUGCCGAUACGAGGGCUGCCACUAAAAUAUGCUAAAAUAUGCGCUUGAAGAAGAUCUUGGGGCGGGCAAGGCAGCACUGUUCUUGACGAAUCUGUUGGAAGUUGGAAGCCAGGUCCUGCGAAACAUACCAUCCUUAUAAGUGCGAUGAGAGCUUGGAUAAGCAACCUUUCUCGCACUCAAAUCUUGCCUGCUCAGGCAUCUCAGCUUCAUCUGCUCGCUGAUUACUUUUCCCCCCGCGCACAAGUUGGUGCCAACGCUGGACUCAACAUCGUGGCAUGAUGGAGGGCGCCAAUCCACAUUCCACUGAAGUGCUCGAUGCUCGAUUAGGACAACCACCGCAGAACCUGUCCUCUGGCCGAGAUAGCGCGAUUCAUCAAUCGGGAUCACAGAUGGGAAACGAUAGCAACCCGGAGCCACGAACCAAUGGCACAAACCAAACUUCUUAUGUACCUCGCCCCAAACGGAUAGCCUGUGUUAUAUGUCGGAAAAGAAAGCUGCGAUGUGAUGGAAACAAACCGAGCUGUGGUACAUGUUCCCGCUUGGGGCAUGAUUGUUCCUACGAUGAAGUGAGAAAAAAGAGCGGUCCAAAGAGGGGAUAUGUGAAGCAGUUAGAAGCAAGAUUAGCCCAAGUCGAGACUUUACUCAAAUCUCAAGACUCCGGGGAUGUCUUGCGGAAGUCGCCCGCACCCACAGACAGCACACCUCAACCUCCUACAUCUACCGGUUUUCCUAAUGACGCGCCUUAUACGUUCGCAUGCCCGAACACAACAGGGAAUGCGCAUCCAGUUUCCCUUGACCUGCUUGGUGACCUAAAUUCUACUCAGAUCAACCUCCCGGAUAGUAACAUCACUUCUGGGGGUGACUUUUCAUGGGAGAUGAUUGGUCUGGGUUUGGAAGAACCCCUUCCGGCACAGGAUGUUAUUGAUGAGCUAAAUGAGAUAUAUUUCCAGAAAAUUCACCCAUCAAUGCCAAUCUUACACCAACCGCGAUACUAUGCCGCAAUGAAUCUUGCGCCUAACAUGCGGCCCCCUGUAUGUUUACGAUAUAUAAUGUGGGCUUUGGCUAGUUCUGUUACGAAUAAGUAUCGAACAUUGCAUCCGCAUUUCUAUCAACGUGCACGAAAAUAUGCAGAGUUGGACCAGAUGAGAGGCCUUGGCGAGUCCAUGGCCACCGUUACUCACGCCCAAACUUGGAUUUUAAUGUCUUCUUAUGAGUUCAGGAUGAUGUUCUUUCCUCGCGCAUGGAUGAGCACAGGCCUUGCGAUGAGAUUGGCUCUGAUGCUAGGAUUACAUCGUCUAGAUGGUAGUGGUCCUGCGGUAAAGAUGUGCAUUGCGCCUUCUCGAGACUGGACUGAGCAGGAAGAACGGAGAAGGACCUUUUGGGUAGCCUUUUGCCAAGACAGGUAUGCCAGCGUGGGCACGGGAUGGCCCAUGAUGGUGGACGAGCGAGAUAUUUUAACCAAUCUUCCUGCGUCUGAUGAAGCAUUUGUCAACUCUACAAUGCAACGAACUUACACCUUGUCGAGUGUUAUGGCUGGCGAAAAUAUUUCAACGCUGUCAGCUCUUGCGGGUCUCGUAUUAAUCGCUUGCAUUUUUGGCCGCAAUCUCCAUCAUCUACACCGGGUAGCACUAGAUGAUAAUGCUCGCGAUUUGAAUGGCGGAUUUUGGAAAAGGCAUCGCGCCUUGGAUAACAUCAUCCUCAACACAUCUCUUGCGUUACCUAGCCAUCUACGAUUACCAGAAGGUAUCAAUGAUUCGAGCGUCCUUUUCCUCAAUCUUUGCAUCCAUUCUUCAACCAUCUGUCUGCAUCAAGCGGCUAUAUUCAAAGCGGAGAAAAAUGACAUGCCUAGCCAAAUCGCAGCAGAGGGUAAGCGGCGAAGCAUAGUUGCUGCGGAUCAGAUAACAAGUAUCAUGAAAAUGGCCAGCCAUACUGAUUUGACCCUAAUGAAUCCUUUCGUUGCGUUCUGUGUAUAUGUCUCGUGCCGAGUAUUCUUGCAGUAUCUGAAGUGUCGACCAGACGAUGGAUCAGUUCAUUCAUCUCUUCAAUUCUUACUGGCUGCUAUGAAUGUCCUCAAGCAUAAAAACCCUCUCACAGAAUCAUUUCUUAUGCAGCUCGAUGCAGACCUUGAAGGGACCGGUCUUGGCAGUAAAGUUGACACAUCAAAGUUUUCUUUCGGUACACGGUAUGGCGAGAACUCUUCACAGACGAACGACUAUUGCCCGUCCUUGAAAUCAUUCUUUCAGGACAAUACCCACCAGCCGCCGGACAGCAUUCCUGGGUCGUCGUCAUAUGAACAGACUACGAUCCCUCCAGCUUUGUCCUCACUGCCGAAUCGGUCCAAACCCUCAGUUGGAUCGGCGUCAACUGGCGGGAAUGAUAACCACGCCCACGUAGCGGACAUCGGACAGUUUACGCUUCCCACGGAUACAAACUUCAUAAAAUCGAUGGUUAUGGAAAUGGACUUGUCGGAGGCAAGCACCACAAGUGAUCGCCAGUACCUGUCCUCUGAUCAUCCGACCCCAGGCACAAAUCCAUCAUCGAGCAGUUCAAUUUCACCCCGUACAAUAGAUCAACCAUCCCCCCCCGUUCAACAACACCACCGUCAACAAGCCCAGGGAUCAAAUCCCAAUAUAUAUGUCACCGACCUCCCUACUUCCCAAUUUGAACCCAACCUUGACAACAACACUCAAACUACUUACGCAAACUACUUUACGCCUGGUAAUCCACCACAAACCACCCCUGGAUUUGGAAACCUAUUCGCAUUUCCCGUUGGGUGGAACCCUCCUCGUACCCAACCAAGGGAACCAUCCUCAACAACUACUUCAGCAGGGCUCGUUGACCAAAUACCAAACCUCGACAAUAUCACCUGGCCAGGCGGCGUAGAUACACUCGCAUGGGAGAAUUUUCAGUAGCCAAUUCACUGGAGCAUCUUGACCAUUUUGUGUUUUUUUCGCUUCCAUUUACUUCCAAAUCCUCUUCUUUAUUUUUUUUAUUUUUGAAAGAAGAACAGACACUGCCCCUUUCUGCUGACAACUGUUGUAUAAUACUAACCCUAUAAUUUCGACCCAUUUGACUUUCAAUGGUCUACUCGCUUUUUAUCACACCAAACUUUCACUUGUUAUAUCAAUUUAUAUGGAUGCCAGGACAAGAAUUGGAAAAGAAGUAUGAGCUUGGAAUCAUAUUUUCAUCUUGGAGAUUUGGGAGGACUCUUUGAGACGGAAAGGUGUAGGAAUUUACGGCAUUCUCGUUUUUUUUUCCCUUUUUUCCUUUUUUUUUUUUUUUUUUUUUGCCUUCUCUUUGGCUGGGCUUUGUUUAUUACUUCUAUAGUGGCCUUAAUGAAAUAAGUGACGAAUUACGAUGUCGGUUCCGGAGAAAUUGGUCAUCUCUAUCAACUCCUAAGCUCGUCUGUUCCCGUGUUUGCUGGUUUUGUAAACUGACGGCAGGUUGGAUCCUCCAAUUGUUCAUAUGGGAAAGUAGGAUCGUAAAACGCAUUCCGUGACUAUUGUUUUCUCAUAAUUUUAUUCAGCUAUGACUCUUUGAUAUUUUUCGGGGGGGAUGGCUUGUCUACUCAGGCAUUACUUUACGAUGUGAAGUCAUAAUAACCUUUUAACGCUCAGAAUUCAGAACAGGAAGUUUCAAAUGUAAAUUCUCU